GGGCCGGGCGCCGCCGCGGAGCCUCCCGGGCCGCCGCGAUCAUGUCGGACCAGUCGCCCAAAGUUCCUGAGGAGAUGUUCAGGGAGGUCAAGUAUUACGCGGUGGGCGACAUCGACCCGCAGGUUAUUCAGCUUCUGAAAGCUGGAAAAGCGAAGGAAGUUUCCUACAAUGCACUAGCCUCACACAUAAUUUCGGAGGAUGGGGACAAUCCAGAGGUUGGAGAAGCUCGGGAAGUCUUUGAUUUACCUGUUGUAAAGCCUUCUUGGGUGAUUCUGUCCGUUCAGUGUGGAGCUCUUUUGCCAGUAAAUGGUUUUUCUCCAGAAUCAUGUCAAAUUUUUUUUGGAAUCACUGCCUGCCUUUCUCAGGGUGUUGAUACAAGCUGGAGCUCUUUGUUGGAGUCUUCCAGAGCUCUCCCAGGGAGAGGUAGGGAAGGGAGCUUGUCCAGCAGAAGUUGGGAAGCACAGAGAUCAUCUGCCUUCUUCUGACCCGGUAUUGAUGCAGGCUGAGGCCUCUGUUGUAAUGUGCUGGGUGUCAUCUGAAGACAGAAGUGCCCUGUGGGCUUUGGUUACAUUCUACGGGGGGAAUUGCCAGCUAACCCUCAAUAAGAAAUGCACGCAUUUGAUUGUUCCAGAGCCGAAGGGGGAGAAAUAUGAAUGUGCUUUAAAGCGAGCAAGUAUUAAAAUUGUGACUCCUGACUGGGUUCUGGAUUGUGUAUCAGAGAAAACCAAAAAAGACGAAGCAUCUUAUCAUCCUCGUCUGAUUAUUUAUGAAGAGGAAGAAGAGGAAGAGGAAGAAGAGGAGGAAGUAGAAAAUGAGGAACAAGAUUCUCAGAAUGAGGGUAGUACAGAUGAGAAGUCAAGCCCUGCCAGCUCUCAAGAAGGGUCUCCUUCAGGUGACCAGCAGUUUUCACCCAAAUCCAACACCGAAAAAUCUAAAGGGGAAUUGAUGUUUGAUGACUCUUCAGAUUCAUCACCGGAAAAACAAGAGAGAAAUUUAAACUGGACCCCAGCCGAAGUCCCACAGUUAGCUGCAGCAAAACGCAGGCUGCCUCAGGGAAAGGAGCCUGGGUUGAUUAACUUGUGUGCCAAUGUCCCACCCGUUCCAGGUAACAUUUUGCCCCCUGAGGUCCGGGCUAAUUUAAUGGCUUCUGGACAAAAUCUCCAAAGUUCUGAAAGAUCAGAAAUGAUAGCUGCCUGGAGCCCAGCUGUACGGACAUUGAGGAAUAUUACUAAUAAUGCUGACAUUCAGCAGAUGAACCGGCCAUCAAAUGUAGCACAUAUCUUACAGACUCUUUCAGCACCUACAAAAAAUUUAGAACAGCAGGUGAAUCACAGCCAGCAGGGCCAUACGAAUGCCAAUGCAGUGCUGUUCAGCCAAGUGAAAGUGACCCCAGAGACCCACAUGUUACAGCAGCAGCACCAGGCCCAGCAGCAGCAGCAGCCACAGCACCCGGUUUUACACCUUCAGCCCCAGCAGAUAAUGCAGCUCCAGCAGCAGCAGCAGCAGCAGCAGCAGCAGCAGCAUUCGCAGCAACCAUACCCCCAGCAGCCAUCACAUCCAUUUUCGCAGCAGCAGCAGCAGCAGCAGCAAGCCCAUCAGCAUCAGUUUUCCCAGCAACAGCUACAGUUUCCACAGCAACAGUUGCAUCCUCCACAGCAGUUGCAUCGCCCUCAGCAGCAGCUCCAGUCCUUUCAGCAGCAGCAUGCCCUGCAGCAGCAGUUCCAUCAGCUGCAGCAGCACCAGCUCCAGCAGCAGCAGCUCGCCCAGCUCCAGCAGCAGCACAGCCUGCUCCAGCAGCAACAGCAGAUUCAGCAGCAGCAGCUCCAGCGCAUGCACCAGCAGCAGCAGCAGCAGAUGCAAAGUCAGACAGCGCCACACUUGAGUCAGACGUCACAGGCACUGCAGCAUCAGGUUCCAUCUCAGCAGCUCUCGCAGCAGCAGCAGCAGCAGCAGCAGCAGCAGCCGCCACCACCGCCACCACCACCUCAGCAUCAUCAGCUUUUUGGACAUGAUCCAGCAGUGGAGAUUCCAGAAGAAGCCUUCUUAUUGGGAUGUGUGUUUGCAAUUGCGGAUUAUCCAGAGCAGAUGUCUGAUAAGCAACUGCUGGCCACAUGGAAAAGGAUAAUCCAGGCACACGGUGGCACUGUUGACCCCACGUUCACAAGUCGAUGCACGCACCUUCUCUGUGAGAGUCAAGUCAGCAGUGUGUUUGCACAGGCAAUAAGAGAAAGAAAGAGAUGUGUUACUGCGCACUGGUUGAACACGGUCUUAAAGAAGAAGAAAAUGGUGCCGCCUCACCGAGCCCUGCACUUCCCAGUGGCCUUCCCACCAGGAGGAAAGCCGUGUUCACAGCAUAUUAUUUCUGUGACGGGAUUUGUUGAUAGUGACAGAGAUGACCUAAAAUUAAUGGCUUAUUUGGCAGGUGCCAAAUACACGGGUUAUCUGUGCCGCAGCAACACAGUCCUCAUCUGUAAAGAACCAACUGGUUUAAAGUAUGAAAAAGCCAAAGAGUGGAGGAUACCCUGUGUCAACGCCCAGUGGCUUGGCGACAUCCUUCUGGGAAACUUUGAGGCUCUGAGGCAGAUUCAGUAUAGUCGCUACACGGCGUUCAAUCUGCAGGAUCCCUUUGCCCCGACCCAGCAUUUAGUUUUCAAUCUUUUAGAUGCUUGGAGAGUUCCCUUAAAAGUGACUGCAGAGUUGUUGAUGAGUGUACGGCUACCUCCCAAACUGAAACAGAAUGAAGUAGCUAAUGUCCAGCCUUCUUCCAAAAGAGCCAGAAUUGAAGACAUACCACCUCCCACUAAAAAGCUAACUCCAGAAUUGACCCCUCUUGUGCUUUUCACUGGGUUCGAGCCUGUCCAGGUUCAACAGUAUGUUAAGAAGCUCUACAUUCUCGGUGGAGAGGUUGCAGAGUCUGCACAGAAGUGCACACACCUCAUUGCCAGCAAAGUGACUCGCACUGUGAAGUUCCUGAUGGCGAUUUCUGUCGUGAAGCACAUAGUGACACCAGAGUGGCUAGAGGAAUGCUUCAGGUGCCAGAAGUUCAUUGAUGAGCAGAACUACAUUCUCCGAGAUGCUGAAGCGGAAGUACUUUUCUCUUUCAGCUUGGAAGAAUCCUUAAAGCGGGCACACAUUUCUCCACUCUUUAAGGCAAAGUAUUUUUACAUCACACCUGGAAUCUGCCCAAGUCUUUCCACGAUGAGAUCAAUCGUAGAGUGUGCAGGAGGAAAGGUGUUAUCCAAGCAGCCAUCUUUCCGGAAACUCAUGGAGCACAAGCAGAACUCGAGUUUGUCGGAAAUAAUUUUAAUAUCCUGUGAAAAUGACCUUCAUUUAUGCCGAGAAUAUUUUGCCAGAGGCAUAGAUGUUCACAAUGCAGAGUUUGUUCUGACUGGAGUGCUCACACAAACGCUGGACUACGAAUCAUAUAAGUUUAACUGAUGAUGUCUAGGCUGCCGUGUGUGUGGACUCCUGCGGUGCGUGGCCGGCUGUCUGGUGGCAAGGAGCCGCGUGCUUCCUUCACACGCUCCUGUUUUCCAGCUGCUUUCUUGGGGAAUCAGACUGCAAAGCCAGGAAGACAGAUAGAAUUAAUAUACUGCAUCUUUUUAAGAUGUGCAAUUUUAUUCUGAGGAAACAUAAAUUAUGUUUUGUAUUAUAUGACUUUAAAAGCCCACAUUAGGUUUUAUGAUUCAUUUGCCAGGUUUUUAAAUGUUUUCAGAAAACUGUUACGGGACUUUAACUAGUAAUAAAAUGGUGUAAAUAAAGACCUUCCUAUCUCUAAAUUAUGGAUGUUUAAGAUUUGAAAUGUUUUGUACUUUGAUUAUUUUCAUUUCUUAUACUCUGUUUUCUUUUAUAUUGAUAUCUUACCCACAUUUUAAAUAAAUGUACUUUUGAACUUA